ACGUCAGUCUCAAUGACAACUCAAUUUCCAGCUGAACUUUGUGUUGGUGGAUUAAUUUCUAGAAAUUCCACUUGUUUUUGUUUACGCAUUCUAAAUAAUACGAAAAUUAUUAAUAUUGCCAGAGAGGGUGGUGAUUAUUGUGACGCUGUCACAGGAUGGUAUACAUAGAUCGAGAUGGUCGUGUUUUGGAGCGGCGGCCAUGGAGCAUAGCACGCGUUUUGGAGAUUUUCACAGGCGUUUGGUUUGUGGUGGUCACUUUCUUCAGAACGCUAAUGGCCCCCUUCAUGAACAACGACAAUAACAGCGGUAGUAGCGGCAAUCGGCGUGGCGGUUGGGGCUCUGGCGGUGGAGGUGGUGGUGGUCCAGGUGGUGGUGGUGGAGGUCGCGGUGGCGGCGGAGGAGGAGGAUUCAACGAAGGUCUACGUCCAAACCGUCGCAUUGGUCGCGUGGUGAAUACAUCAAUGGAUUGUAAUAUACCCGGUGGCGGAUGAGCACGGUAACGUGUCCAAGCAAUUCGUAAUGUUGCGGAAAGUAUUUUAGAUGAAAAAAUACUUUCCGUGCGCUUGGACACAGCAGACCCAUUCAUCAAACCAUGCACUGACCAACCUCAUCAAUAAUAUCUGCAGUGCAGUGUGCUAAAACGGUUUUGGCAUUUAUUGCCCUUAUGACGAACAACUUUGCAACCCUAAAUUGGGAGAAGUUGAUUUGAAUUUUACAAACUGUUGAAGCAUAUAAAAGAUAUUAUUAACCUAAUGGAACAAGUGGCUAUAAUAGAACAAUAUUUAAUAGACUAAUGGGAAUAAAAUAUAUUUUUCUGUUUUCAGUUAUCGAAUAUAAUUGCAAUAAAAAAUCGUAUAUAAGUGCAAUCGCUUCGCUUAAUA